UGUAUUGAGGCGUGCCGCUGCUCUGUGCAUGUGAUGGCGAGAGGAGGCUGUGCUAAAAAAGCCUUCACAGCUACUCAACUGCAUCACUUUAUGUCCGACUGAGCCGGGAUAGCUUACUCAGCGAGCCACGGGAUAUUUCUGUCCGCUGAAAUCGUGACACAGGACAGGAGUGGGCCAUGGGAGCGACAUUAUCAGCGCCCAGCAUAUGUGAGGAAGAUGAGGAGCAGCCUUCAGGACAGGAUGAGGUACCAGAGGACAGCGCUGAAGACAAGAAAAAUGGGCAAAUCUCAAGCCAGAAUGGAAAAACAGAAACCCAGACUGAUGAGAUGAAUAGUCAAUCUGAGGACAGGGACCUUGUAGAUGUGGGAUCUGGAUUUGUGACACUGAAAGAAGAUGCUUCUGAUGCAACCGAGAGUAUUCAAGAAGAUGUCUCUCAAACAAGCACUGACAGCAUUAGCAAGCAAAGGAAUAGUACAGAUGACAUAAUAGCAAAAGAGGAAAAUGAGGCCAACAACAAACAAAAUGACACUGAAAUUGGCUUCAAAAAAAUCUUCAGGUUUGCUGGAUUUAAAUUCACUGUGAAAAAAGACAAGGUUGAGAAGAUUGAUGCAGAAGAGCAAAUUGAAAAUGAGCAGGACAGAAAAGUUGUAGGCCCAACAGAGGACUCUUGGGACACUACAUAUGUGAAUCCUGUCAACACAAAUAAGCAGGAUGCAGAAGAGUUAAGGAAUGAAAGAAUGGAAGGUUAUGCAAGUGCUGAGUCUCCUGAGACACACAAUGAAAUGGCAGUGGGUAAAAUUUCAGAGCUUACUGAACACAGGGAAGAGGCCACUCCUGAUAGUCAAGGACUGAUGGAUGAUGUUCCACAAAGUCCUGAACCCGAGGAACUCAUGUCCCCAAUUAAGCGAUUUUUCUCACAGGGAAUUUUGGCUAGUUUCAGAAAGAAAAGAAAGGAGGACGAGAAUGAAGAAGAACUCAAAAGUUUGGACAAAAUGGUUGAAAAAGAAAACACUUCGUGUACAUGCAUUGAUGUCUCUAAUGGUACAUUUGAUGAAGAUAAAGAUAUACAGCUGUUUAAGAAAGAUGAGCACAGACCUGAAGCUGAAGGAGAUGUAAUGAAUUCCCUAGAACAAGAUAAAGUGCAGGCAAGUCCAUUCAAGAGGCUUUUUAAGAAACUUUCCUUAAGAAGACAGAGCGAAACCAAACCUGGUGACACAAAUUUACUCGAGCCUGGAGAAAAUACCAAUGAAAAUUCUAAAUUAUCCACAGAAUUAAUUAAGUCCCAGAAGGAGCAAGAAAUAAAGGUGGUUGAUACACAGCCUGCUGAUGAGAUGCUGGACACAAGCCAUGAAGAGUCAAAAAAAAAGUCAGACUCAACUGUUUCCUGGGAAAACCUGAUAUGUAUCAGGUCUGCCAAAACAAGGGCCAGGAAGACAGCUAACUCUGAGGAUGAAACACAGGAUAAAGCAGAGAUGCCCAGAACAACCGAAUCACCAAUUGAAAGUUCUACUGAAGGUGAUCAUCUUACAUCGUCUAAUGAACAAGGUGGAAGUCCUGCAGAAGAAGACAGUGGAUCCACAUGGAAGUCUCUUAAAAAGCUGGUAACUCCAAAGAGGAAGAGCAGAAUGGAAGAAAGUGGUUCCAUUGAGCAGAUGCAGUCAGACACUGAGCUUACUAAAGAUGAAUCUUCAUGUUCCUUGCGGAAACUUAUCUCAGGCCGUAAAAAAAUUAAGCCUGAUGGGCCCCAAGAAAACAUGUCAUCUGAUGAAGGCAGCAAAGGAACAGGAACAGACAUUGAGGAUGAGGACACACCAGGGGUUGUACCACUGUCUGAAUAUGAAAUAGUGGAACCUGAAAUCUUGAACGUGAUGACUGAUGGAACAAUUGAUGGUAAAAAAGAGAAAGAGAUACAACCCAUAAUUGAAGAGGACAAACCUAAACAAAUACAGCCUUUAAAUAAUGUUAAACCUUUAUGCUUUGAUGCUGGGCCAUCAGGUAUAUCUGUUCCAACAGAGUAUAUGGAGGAAUUGACAGAAUUCUUAAGCAAACAUCAGCAACUCAGUGACAUUCCAGAGGAAGGAAUUAUUGAGGAAAGUGUUGCAACUCCAAUAUCCUUUGUUGAGUGGACAACUCAAGAUGAGACCUUAGCUGAUGAUAUGACCGCUGAUGCGGUCACUGCUCCUGAACAUGCAUCUGAACACAAUGGAGAUGAAACGACUGAAAUGGUGUCAGCAGUUUCCCAACUAUCAGAGUCUCCCAAAACAUCAGGGAAUGUAACCCCAGUAUCACCUGUACACAAUAGGAGAGAAUCUGACACAAUCUUUCAGCAAGUUGUGGAAUCAUUCAGCAUGGUUCCAAGUUUUCUGUCCAUCACUACAAUCAACAAAGUCCCUGAGGCUCUGGCAGUGCCAGUCUCUCAAUUUAUGGUAGAGUCAUCUACAACAACUGAAACAAAAGUAUUAGUAACACAUAAAAAAGAGGAAGCUACAUCCAUCUGCAUAGGCAUUGUUUCUCAGGAAAUUAGAGCUGCUGAAGUUGUUCUUCCUUUGCCCAUAGUUGAAGGAAUAUCAGAAAUCGCUCAUGCUGUACCAACAGAAUUUGUCUCUGAGGAUUUGGCAGAAGAACCUGAAGAAGCAGGAAUAGCAACUGACAGUGUCUAUGAAGCUGCAAUCAAAGAAAUCAAAACUAUGUUACAUGAAGUGCUUUUACUUGAUGAGCAAAGCACAGUUCUUGCUGAAAAUGCGAGAAAAUCAAAGCAACAAUUUAUAAUGGUUGAAAAGAUUCAGGAAGACGUUCCUGUGGUACAGAUGGGAGAUGUGGAUAAUCAUUCAACAGAAUUAUUAAAUGCAAUUAAUGUUUUCACACCAGUUCAUUCAGCAGUGUGUGGUGGAACUCAGCUUCUUGAGGAUCAGAUUAUUACACUGAAUAUGAAUAGGCCUGAAACUGAGGUCCCAUUAAAGCCAGUUUUAGAAGAACCCAUAUAUAAACAGCUGACACAGAACACUCAAAUAUCUGUUGAAGUUGAAAAAGAAUGCAGAAUUCCAGAUGUUGAAUCAUCAACUGUUAAUGUUGAGCAACCUGCUCUAGUUGCAGUACCUGGCCUUGUAGAACACAAUGCUGUAGAAUCAGUAUCUGACAGCUCUUUACACGGAGAUUCAAAAAUCAUAGAGGAUGUUGUUCAAGUCAUUGCAGUAACUCAGCCUGUAACACACAGUGUUGUAGCCUCAGAACCAGACCCUGCUAUGAAUCAAGCCUCAGAAACAAUAGAGGAUAUGAGUGGAGUUCUUGUAUCAGAUGAGAAAUAUUCAGAGAAUACAGCAUCAAUUAGCAAUGUUAUCCAAGAUACCAAGAUAGAAAUGGAUUUGGAGAAUGAAAUUCAAAUGAAAAAUGACCCUUCACUGAAUUUUGUAGAUAUUAAUGCUAUCCAAAUUAAAGUGGCAGACGUCUUUGAAAAUAUAGAGAUGAUUGGAGAAGAAGAAAAAGCAAAACAAAAGAUAGAACCUGCAUUUGCAGAGAAGAUUGAAGAAAUUGUUCAUGAAAAGAUUGUUUACAACUUUGAAGCAGAGAACCUUUCAGAAAUCAUAGAUAAACCAACAAAGGAAAGAGAAGGUAAAGAAAGUGAAUUUAACAUAUUUGUCAGGGAAAGUGCCUUACCUGUAGGAACUACUAGUGAUGAAAAUGCAAAUAAAGAGCCACAAGUCGUGUCAAAGGCUAUGCUGGGCCUAGAAAAAGAACAUACAGUAACAGAGACGAUUCUUGUAGAAGAUUGCAAGAGAAAACAAACUUCAGAUGAUGAAAAGUACAUGCUCGCACUUAAUCCACCUGAAACAGUAGAGGAGACCAUGAAGCCACUGGCCAUCUCUGAGCAACCAAGAGUCUAUGAAGAAAUGGCAGAGGAUGGAAUCCAACCACCAACAACAGACAAUUCAAAGGCAGUUUUACAACCAACAUUUUCCAAACUGAGUGCAGAUACACAAACUACAGCUAUAGCUCCAGGGUCUAGAGAAGAAGAUUCAGCAAAAACAGAGGCUAUUAAAAGCCCAUGUGUGGGUGAUAAAUCUGACAAACAUUUAGCGAAUGAGCAAGACCAGAAUGAAACAGCAAAACCUGAAGUUAAUCCUGAAAUUACUACAGAACAAGAAACUGUAGAGACAGUUAAGCCAUUCUCUGAAGUUGAGCCUCGAAUUGACCCAGAUAAGCCACAAACAGAAGUUUUACCCUCAAAACCAGAACAGAGUCAGGCAACUGAGUCAAGUCAUGAACGUAAUGAGGAAAAUAAUCAAGCAACUGAAGCUAUGGAUAAAAUGACUGGAACCAUUUCAACAGAAACAUUUAUACAUGAAGAAGACACAGGAGUGGAGUGUAAUAUAUCUGAGCAACCAGUAGCAACUCCACAGUGCUUUAAUGGCAUAGACAGAGUAAGUUCAUUAGAGGAGGUUAAAAGACCAUGUGUGGAUGAUCAAUCUGUGAUGUCUGACACACCUUUAGCAGAGAAGCAAGAAGAUAAUGAAACAGCAAAGUCUGAAGUUAAUACAGAAAUCAUUGCAGAACACCAAGAAGCUGAAGAGACAUUUAAGACAUUCCCGAAAGUUGAGUCUCGACUUAACACCGAACAAAAAGAAAUUUUAUCUUUAAAACCAAACAAGCAAUCAAGUGAUGAACCUUAUGAGGAAAAUAAUCAAUUAAUUGGUACUGCUGAAAUGACUGAAAUCAUUUCAGCAGUUAUAUAUGAAGAAGACACAGGAGUGGAAUGUAAAAUAUCUGAUCAACCAGAAGACACUGGACAGUGCUUUAAGGGUAUAGAUGGAGUACCAGUUAGUACAAUGGAGCAUGUAACCGAAAUACUUCCUAAGGAUAAAUCUGAAUCCCCAGAAGGUUUUGCCAUAUCUGAAACUGAAGGAUCUGAGCAUGUAAUGGAGGUACUAAAAGCUCAUACUUACCAAGUAUCUAUUCAAGUUGUAAGUGAACAUGAGGCUGAAAUGACAGUGGGCUCUGAACAGUACAUUGUCACUCCAGAUAUGACUGAACAAGACAUAGUAUCUGAAAUAGACAUAGCAGUCACUGAAAUGAACACAGAUCUAACAGCAGCAAUGAAGCUGAAGGAGGAAACAACUAUGAUCAUCUCUGAAGGACAAACAGAAGUCACAUCUGAGCUGGUGGCAGAAUCACCAAUGGUGACUGAAAAUAAAACUGAGCCUGAGGUGCUGACACAAGUAAUAAUUGAACUUAAAGCAGAGACACGUGAGGUGACAGAAUCACAAGCAGAUAUAAUUGUAGUAUCAGAGUUUCAAGCAGAAACACCUGUAGUGUCCUCACUGAUAACAGAGCUUGAAGUUGAAACACAUGUGGUCACAUCGACUGAAAAGUCUGUUAAUAUAGGAACUCUUGCUUUGACAUCAGAAAUAAACACAUUUCAGUCAGAUUUAAAAUCGGUUGAUGAACUAGAGUUUUCUACAGGCACCACACUACAAGAACCUCCCAUUGUAGUCUCAGGAAUACAAACAGCUACAGGAUUAUAUUUAGUACAAACAGCAGCACUUUCACCAAUAUUAAAGAAGGUAUCAGAAAAAGAGGAUGUAAACGUCAACAAACCAGUUAUAGUUGAGGUGACAGAUCCAAAAUUAGAAAUGUUUAUGGUAACAGAGGCAAUAUCACACACGUCAGCAGUGCCCGUACUUGAAGUGCAAACAGUUGAGACUUCAGGUCUUGAAACAGAAACCUUAGUGAAAGCAUGUGUGGAAAAGAAUGUUGAAGCACAAGGCUCUUUUGUGGCAUCAAUAAAAGAAGACACAGAUGUGAGCUCCUUAAUUUUGACCACCACAGUCAGUGAAGCUCAGCUAAAAACAGUGAUCCCUGUGGUACAAACACUAGUGGAGUUAACAGCAACAGACGUCCCAGCAAUUCAAAAGCCAAUUGAUGGUCAGUUGAUCCAGGAAUCAGAAAUGUCCAUGGUGGCACAAGAAAUAAAGGAAACAAAACCUGAGAUGCCAGAUGCAGUCGAUGUUAAUGCUUUUAAGAUAGGUGUGGCAAAAGAAACGAGAAUAGAAGCACCAGGAGUGACCGAACAAACGAUAAAAGGAGCAGUUCUGACAUCAGUGGUACCAGAGUCUGAAACUACUUCAGUGAAGGAGGACAUGGGUUCAUUAGUAUUUACAUUAAUAGCUGAAGAACCAACAGCAUCAGUGGCCCCAGUGGUCCAAACACCAACAAUGGUUCCAGCAGAGGUCCAAAGACCAACUUUUGUCACCCUGGUAGAAACACUGGCAGUUAGUGCAGUAAAAGAAGUGGAAAUGCCAUUCUCUGGACUAGAUGUUCAGGAAAGACACUGUGAUACACAAUUUGCAGUUAAUAUUGAAGUUAAACAACCACCAGUAACUGAGAUUGAAGUAAAAGUAACAGAAACAACUGAACAGGUGACUCAGGAUGUAGAAAAUACAACAAGUCUCAAAGAGGACUCUAAAAGCCAUGAAGAAAGGAGUGGAAGAUUAAAAGAGGCUUCUGUCCCCAUUGUGAAGAUUGUUGAAUCCCUACCAGGAGCAGAUGAUGAUGUAUGGGAGGAUGCUGUUGAUGAUAUUAGUGAUGUUCAGUGUUCCAGUACUAAAGCAAGUGGCGAUUUGCAAGAUACAACCAUGUGCCAUGGCGACAAGUGAAGCUUGUAAGUUGUCAAACUGUACUUAAUGUAUAACUUCUGAGUACUAAAAGAUAAACAUUAAUAACUUUUUAAUCAGAGGAUAAUACCUAUAUUUGGAUAAUUCAAUACCAGAUGUGUUUAUUAUAGGUUUGAAUGAAUGCCAUUGAAGAAGAAAGAGUCUUUUAACAGUCUCUGGAAACAUCGAAGGCUGUGGGUUGUACCCCCAGCAUGAAUGUCCGACUAAGCCAAAAAUGAGUGAAAUGUUAUAGAACAUGUGUAUAAGCAAUAAUGCAGUAUAGGAAAGACUAAAACAGGCUGAAUUUAGCAAAGCCAUAAUGAUACAACUUAUUAUUUUGUCAAUAACAUUUUGUAUUUUAAUUUGUGCCUUUAGCUACCUGAUAUAUCAACACGCAACCUCAAUUUUAAAGGUAGAUCAAGUUUAAAGGUAGAUGUAUCACCAUGAUACUGCAGUGGGACCAGUUUGUUAGCAUCAUGAAUACAUGGAAUAGCUAUACCUUGCUUUAAAAUCUCACACUCUUAAAUCACAUUUAAAUAAUUAUAAUGCUGUCACCAAAGCUAUAUUUACAACUGCACAUGUCUACCUAGCCUGCAUAUUACAUAGAUUUCAUAAACAUUGGCUCAAGACAGCUUGAGACUAACACUGAUGAUUAUGCUUGUGGUUGUGAAAUCUGAACACUUACCAACUAUGUGCAAAAAACCUCAGUAUUUGCUCAAAAAAUAAUAAUUCUCUAGCUUCUCUAAAGUUAAGUCUCACUGCUGAUAAACAUUAUAUAGUUUUACUAUUAUUCCUUGCGAAUGAAUGUAUUUUUGGACACUAUUAAGUUCAUCCAAGUAGUUUGUAUUUUUUAAAGCACUUGAGGAAGUUCAAUUUAACAACAAACUAUUAAUUUGCAAAGUAUUUAUGGAUUAACCCACAUUAUGUUUAUUUUAUUUAAAUAAAAUAAGCUUUAAGGAUUCAUGGUCUGCGAGUUCAUUAAUUGACAGUACAAGGGCAGUCUAUUAAAACAACGAAAAAGCAUAUUCUUCCACAUACAGAGAUUAUAAUAAAAUAGAUGUAAGUUUCCUUAUACAGGGGAAAACAGGGAAAUCCAAUCAGAACAAAGCUUAAAACAUUUAAACCAGUUUACAGAAUAUUGAAAGCACUUUCUAUCAACAUAUUUUUAAAAAAUAGCUCUUGUAUUGUAAUCAGUUAUUAAAGUGUAACAUUAAAUUUGACUGUUUAUGUUCAACAAAUACAUUGACAUUGAAAUAUACCUGGCAUGAAAUAUACCUCAGUAGAAAUGUUCCCUGCUCCAGUAUGGCAGUGACAUGGCACAUUAUUCUGCACAGAGGGGCAAACCUCAGCGUGGGCUCCAAAAUGCAAUGCUCAUGCAUUAUAUUCUAGACAGGAAAGGUUCCUCUGCCACAUAACACCAUGCUCAGUUUAGUCACCAUUUUGUAUGACUCUGUCCUUUGAUUUAGGCGGACAUUUCGAGCAGCCUGAUUAGCUUUGCAAGAGCUCUUCCCACCAGCACUCUGCUUGCCUGUGGGGAUGUACUGUGUAUAUGCUCCCACCACUGUCUCUUCUGAAUAAAUUUUGAGAUACAAUUUGGA